CGUCCAGCAGCUGAUCGGUAAUCCAGAAGAAGUUUCCCCUCAGUUAGCGGGGAGCUCCACUUUGAAGCAGGAGACUCCACAACCACCCUGCAUUAAAAAGGAAGAGGAGGAACUCUGCAUCACUCAGGAGGGAGAGUGUCUUCUAGGACGAGAGGAAGCUGAUUACACCAAGUUUCCACAGAGUAUUCUCUCUGUGAAGACUGAAGAUGAUGAAGAGAAACCACAAGUAGACAACCUCUUAGCUCCACUAUCAAACAGUGAGGCUGAAGAUGAUGAAGAGAAACCACAAGUAGACAACCUCUUAGCUCCACUAUCAGAUAGUGAGGCUGAAGACGAGGUUGAAGAACCUUUGAGCAGCGAUAAAGACUGUGAAGGUGAUAUGAGGACUCACACUGACAACAAACACUCUGAAUGCUCUACAAAGAAGAGAGGUGAAACAUGUUUGAGCUGCUCAGUUUGUGCUGAAAGUUUUACUAAAAAGAGCCAUUUGACUCGACACAUGAGAACACACACAGGAGAAAAAACAUUUAUUUGUUCAGUUUGUGGCAAAAGCUUUUCUCAAAAUAGGUCUUUGACUCGACACAUGAGAACACACACAGGAGAAAAACCAUGUACUUGUUCAGUUUGUGGCAAAGGCUUUUAUGAAAAUAGCUAUUUGACUAAACACAUGAGAACACACACAGGUGAAAAACCAUUUAGUUGUUCAGUUUGUGGCAACAGCUUUUCUCAAAAUAGCCAUCUGACUCAACACAUGAGAACACACACAGGAGAAAAAACAUGUAAUUGUUCAGUUUGUGGCAAAGGCUAUUCUCAAAAUAGCAUUUUGACUAAACACAUGAGAACACACACAGGUGAAAAACCAUUUAAUUGUUCAGUUUGUGGCAAAAGCUUUUCUCAAAAUAGCAUUUUGACUCUACACAUGAGAACACACACAGGUGAAAAACCAUUUAAUUGUUCAGUUUGUGGCAUAAGCUUUUCUCAAAAUAGCUGUUUGACUCACCACAUGAGAAUACACACAGGAGAAAAACCAUGUACUUGUUCAGUUUGUGGCAAAGGCUUUUCUCAAAAUAGCUAUAUGACUAAACACAUGAGAACACACACAGGUGAAAAACCAUAUAGUUGUUCAGUUUGUGGCAACAGCUUUUCUCAAAAUAGCAAUCUGACUCAACACAUGAGAACACACACAAGAGAAAAAACAUGUAAUUGUUCUGUUUGUGGCAAAAGCUUUUCUUUUAAGGGUAAUUUGACUGAACACAUGAGAACACACACAGGUGUAAAACCAUAUAAGUGUUCAGUUUGUGGCAAAAGCUUUUCUGUUAAGAGCAAAUUGACUCAACACAUGAGAACACACACUGGAGAAAAACCAUUUAGUUGUUCAGUGUGCUGUAAAAGGUUCCAACAUAAUGCAGACGCAGUAAAACACAUGAGAACACACAAGGGAAAAUAACCAAUUAGUUGUUUAGUUUGUGGUAUGAUGGUCAUAUGUGGCGACAUCCACCCUACCCAGGACCUCCUCACUGCUUCUUUCACAAAUAUCUGAGGUAUUCAUACAAACUUGGAUUAUUUGAAGCAUAAUCUUAUCUACUCAUGACCCUGUGUCUUCUCUGUAUCUGAAACCUUCCUGAACAGUAAGAUAGAUGAUGCUUCAAGUGCUUGGUUAGUCCUUCUUCAGUCCAGGGACCUGGGGCCUCAUGUGUCAAGUUUGUGCACGCUCAAAAACCUGCACUACACCCUUUUUCACUGCAAAGUUGAGAUGUAUCAAAACUGACAUAAUUAAAAUGCAGCAUGAGACACUGCACACUGAUAUAGUUCUGUGAAAAUGAUUGUCUUCUGUGCAAAUGUAAAGAAAGUGAACAGUGUGUGAUUUACUGCAAUACUGUCAGUCUUUGAACUUUUUAUUUAUGCUUUGUUGAAAUUGUUCACACAUUGCACAGCUUUUAUUUUUCUAUCAAUACACAUUAUGUCUAGAAGACAGGAAGUAACUCAACACUCUUGAAUAGUUUCUACCUCAGUUUGUAUGGUUUCUUGAGUUAGCACAGGAUUAAUAUGUGGAAAUGACAAAUGAGGUAGUUGAUACAUAGAAUAGUUUUUAUUCAUGCUUUAUUUUGUUUUUUGUUCAAUCCUAGAUGGGUUGUGACUUAAAGUUUAAUAGUAACACUGAGAUUAAGUCUAAGUUCAUUGUGUUCUUCAAGGUGUUUUUGAAAAGGUGCCAUUUUUCCCCUCAAAAUAUUUUACUAACUUGGAGUAUU